GAUUGGGCUCGGAUUGUGACUCCAUCACUUCCUUCAAGCUUCAAGCUUCAAGCUUCAACCUUUCAUCUCCAGCUGUUUUCCCUCUCCCUUGUCGUGAAAUCGAUGGUCUCUUUAGGGCGUUGUCUUUGUUGACAAUGGCAGCGCCAAAUGGUCGAACGACACCAUGUCUCUAGGACAGUUCGGGGACAACCUCAGUGCAUCCCCGGUCGAGAUUAUCUGAGCUGAGAUCUCCCUCGGGCGAAUCGGUGAAGGUUGAAAUCCGGUCGGACAAGUGGCGAGUUCGCGGCUUCGAAUCUGUUCUCUGCACAAAAAACAGGUAACCGAUGGGGAUGAGAGCGCGGAGAGUCCUCGAAAUCUGCAGGAUGGGGGUGAUCAACUAUGCGGAUGCGCUUAAGCUGCAGGAGAAGCUCGUGCUUGACCGGAAGGCCGGUAUUAUCCCCGACACGAUUCUGUCCCUGCAGCACCCUCCGACGUACACUCUGGGGAAGCGCAGAACCGAUCACAACUUGUUGAUCCCUCUAUCAGACCUCAAGAAGAUUGGAGCCCAACUUCACUACACCCAAAGAGGAGGGGAUAUUACCUUCCAUGGGCCACGCCAAGCGAUCCUGUACCCUAUUAUCGCCCUUCGGGAGAUGGGGCUUGGUGCCAGGUUGUACGUCGAGAAGCUCGAGCGGACUAUGAUCGAGCUGUCUUCUCAGUACGGAGUGAGGGCUUCUCCUGGAAAAUCUGGCGAGACAGGAGUCUGGGUUGAGGAGAGGAAGAUUGGCGCCAUUGGAGUCCGAAUCUCAAAUGGCAUAACCUCUCAUGGACUGGCAUACAAUAUUGAUCCUGAUCUGAGAUACUUCGAGCAUAUCGUGCCUUGCGGCAUCGCCAAUAAGGAAGUCACGUCCUUGAAGAGGGAGGCAGAGGUUGAACUUCCGGCAGAAGAUGUUGUCCAGGAUCGGUUGGUCUCCUGCUUUGUUGAAAUAUUUGGGUAUGAUAGUACUGUUUGGAAGGACAGCGAUUCCCUUAUGGUUAGUGAAGGAGAGACCUAAAUGAGGUUGUGUUGUUUUGUCAUAGUUACCUCGUACAUCUGUUGACGAUUUCUUCGAUUCGGUGAUCGAUUCAUUGUUCCAUAAGUAUGACACAAUUCCUUUCAUUGUUGAUAGAAAAAUUGAUCUGGUGAAGUUCUCUUGUUGAAAUGUA